UAUGUAUAUAAUCUAUGAGUGCGACGUGCGUCCAAGGCUGUGUAAUUUUUGUAGUGAUGUGGAAGUUUACUUGUAAAAAAAUAUGACGAAAAUUAUUCCAUUUAUGAUAUUUCCCCUUUCAUUAAUUAUUUAUAUAAUUACCCUCAUAUCAUCUAGUUCAGCAAUUAUUUCAAAUAAACGGCUAUGUUAUGAUGAAAAGUGUUCUGAACCCGUUUCUUUGGCGAAGACAUUGUUAAUGUAUUAUUCCAAUGAUGAAGAUAUACUCUCUUUUCAUCCAAACAUCGAGGUUAAAGUUUUCAGUAAAAGUGCAGGUAACCGACCUGAUCUUUGGGGUGUCGAGAUUCUCGGCAAGCGAGGAUAUGUUCCAAAGAAAAUGAUACGAGAAUAUUCCAUUUUAAAACGUGAACUAUCAUUCGAAGUGCCUACAAAAUCAAUAGAUAAUGAUGAUGAUAAUGUUCCAAAAAAUGAAAUUCCACAGGAGAAUUCAACGAGUGAAGAGGUAAUUGAAAAAUUGCCUGAAGAAUCAGUUAUUAAUUCAUCUCCUAAAGAUUUAGAGCACUCACAACCAAUACCAGAAAAUGUUUCACCAUCCUAUGAGGUUAUUGAUGGAACGACAAUUCCAUUGGCAAUUGAUGAAUCGCCUCAGGAAUAUUCAUCGCAAUCAAUCGAUGAAGAGACGGCAUCGAUUGAAGAGGAACCUGUUUUAAGUGUUCAUCCAAGUUUAGUAUCGUCGACAAUUUCAUUUGUUUCACAAGUAUUUGAUAAAGUUACUCAACAAUUGGAAAAAAUGGACAACACUGCAAACGAGGCCAAGAAAGAAGAAAUAAAUAAAGAUGAAACAAAAGGAGAGAAUCUGGAAAAUUCUUCACAGAGUCCAAAUGAAAAUCUUCCAGAGGGAGAAGAUAAAAAUGUUCCACAGGCUGAUGAAGAAAAUCUGCCACAGACUGAAGAUCAAAAUAUUUCACAAACUGAAGAUAAAAAUGUUUUAGACAGUGAAAAUAAAACUGUUGAGGAAAAUGAAGGAAAAGAAGAAAAAGAAGAAGAAGUGAAAAAAGAAGAGAAAAUGAUUUUGGAUGAAACAGUUUCAGAAGAACGAGAAAAUGAGCAACAUAAUGAAGAAGAUGAAGAAAUAGAAGGAGAUGAAGAAACAGAAGGAGAAGAAGAAGUAGAAGAAGAACAAGAAACAAAAGAAGAUAUUCAUCCUCCCGAGGAACAAAUUUCCAAAGAAGAAAACCUCGCAACUCAAGCAGAAAUUGAAACUCAAUUCGAAACUGAAGAUUCGAAUUUAAUUAAUAACAACAAUUCUUCAGAUGAAUUAAAAUCUGCCAAUGAUUCUCCAAUAGAAAAACAAAUUCCUCAUCCCGAUCUCUCUACCAUUGAAUUAACCACGGAGACAAUUGUCACUGAUCAAGUGCCUUUAACUGAUAAACAAGAAACUUUUAUAUUAAAUGAAAAAACUGAUACACAAGAAAUUAAUGAAAAGAACAAUGAUAAUUUACCACCACCAACAACAAUAGAAACUGAAAAUAAUUCUAAAAAUAAUAUCGGAGAAAUUGAUGAAAUUUCCCAUGUAGAGACUGAUAAUAUUUCAUUAAAUACUUCAGACGAAAUAAUGAGAGAAAACGAUAAUGUAAAUAUUGUAAAUAGUGAAAAUAUUCUUUUAGACAGCUCAAGUACUGAUGAUAGUAAUAAUGAUUUGGCGAAAGAUGAUUCUAAUAAUCUUAAUACUAACAAUUCUAUGGAAAUGAAAAAUGAUUCUAUUGAGAUGAUAGAACAUUUUUCAAGUGAAACAAAUAAUAUUUCUAUUGAUAAUAACAAUGAAUUUUCAAAUGAAACAAAUAAUUUUUCUAUUGAUAAUAACAUUGAUUUUUCAAAUGCCAAUAAUAUUUCUGCUAAUGAGGAUAAUAUUAACGAGGAAGAAAAGUUUGUUGCUGAUGAUGAUAAUAAUAAUAAUGUAAUUUCUCAUGAAAAUGACUUCGUUUCGAAUAAUGAUACACUCGAAAAUUUGGAGCCACAUUUUCACGAUGAAUUGGAACCACGAAAAGAAAUUUUGGCGACAGAACAGGCCACGACAUUUAAUGAGUUACCCAGUAAUCGAAAUUUGUUGAAUUUUGAUGAAUCGUCUCAUUUUGAUUCCCAAGAGUCGCAAAGUGAUAAAUUAUUGGAGAAUGAUAUUCCCGAAUCGACGGAAAAAUUGGCAAUAUUUAAUAAACAUGACUCGGAGGAAGAAUCCGCUAUUCCUUUAGUUUUACCUCCCGAGGUGUGCGUUAAAGAUUCUAAUUGCCCAUUGUCAGAAAAUAUCGAUAAUAAAGACGAUAAUGUCAUUGCAAAUGUUAUCAGCAUGGGUAAAAAUUAUUGGGAAUUCUUGGCCUAUCUUUUAACAACUUCUGUCACCAUUCUUGUCUUCUCUCUCGGUUAUUACUACAUCGAGAAUGCAAGACGGGACAAUAAACUCAUUGGGAGAAUUAAUAAAUUGGAAAAGGAAUUAAUGAUCUCGUCAAAGGAAUGCGCAAUGUUGAAUGAAAAUUUAACUUGUACGAAAACAAAGUCAAUUCUGGAUAAUUUUAAGUUAAAUUCAAUCGAGGACGAGUCAUUUGGAUCAAAUGAAAUGGUUGCUUCUUUAAAAGCAGAUUUAGAAGCUGCACAGAAUACAAAUUUAGAGAUGGAGGAUCAAGUGGCAACAUUGGAGAAAGAAUUGGAGUCCGCAACGGAAGCAGGAUUAGAAUUGGAACGUAUGUUACGUGAAUUAUUGUCAUCGAAUAAAGAAGAUAAUCCUUUGGCACAGUCAAUAGAAGAUCUACAAGCUCGACUCAAUGCUCAACAGGCUGAGAAUGAAGCACUGACAAACGCCUUGAAUUUAAAGAAACAAGAGCUUGAAUUUGACAGGCUUGAGUCGGAAGGCCUAUCGUCAGAUUUGUUUUCAUUUACGAAAAAAUACGAAGAACUUGAAGUCGAAGUGAAGAGAUUGGAGGAUGAAUUGAAAACACAAGGAAAUAUGAAAAUUUACAUGGAACAAACAAUGGAGGAUAAAAUUCAACGAUUAGAAUUUCAAAUGAGAGAAACAAUGGAAGAACGAUCACAAUUACGACAGGAGCUUAAAGCUAAAGAAUUGGAAAUAAAUCAUCUUUUGGAAGUUAUUGAUCAAGAUAAUUCCAAUAAUUUGGAUUUUGAUAAACUUUAUGAUUCCGUUCAUGCAAAAGCUGAGGCACUUCAACUCGCCGAAGAACGAGAUGAACUUCGUGUUAAAUUAAUUGAGGCAGAAAAUACCCAUAAAUCGCUUGAAGCACUUAUGAAAUCAGCAAAAGAAGAAGUUCUUUCGUUAAACGAAGAAUGUAAAACGUUUGAAAAAGAAAAGAAGGAUGCUGAAACGAAAUUAGAAGUUUUAUCAAACUUUUUCAAAGAAAAGGAAGCUCAACGACAAAAGGAAGAAGCAUUAUGGUUAGAGAAACAAGGAGAAGUUUCAUCUACAGUUGAAAGGAUACACACCAUGCAGAACGAGAUUCAAAAUUACAAGCAACAAAUCGAAAUACUUAAGAGAGAAAUAGUGGAUCAAGAACGUGAAUAUAAAAGUCAGAUUGGCGCUCUUGAAACGAAGGCGCAUGAACAUUGGGUGGUGGCCCGACAAAAUGAGCGAAGGUUAGAAGAAUUGAAGGCUGAAUCAGGUCAAUUACGUAAUCGGCUUACAAUUGUUGAAAAAAGUAUGAACGAUCCUGAUCCUGAGGUUAAAUUGCAUCGAAUGGAAGCAAAUGGAGAAACAGCCACAUCACCAUCCCUUUUCCUUGGGCCUGAAUCUUCUAAUUCUCCCAUAAUGUUUAGCAAUACCUCUGGUGUUCCACCACCUCCUCCUCCCUCGUAUAUGUUUGGACCAGGAUUUCAUCCGUAUUUACCUCCACCACCUCCUGGACCAGGGGGACUACCGCCUUUUGACGUUGGUCAAAGGCCACCGCCCCUUGGAGGAAGACUAUCAUCGCCGCCACCUUUACCACUUCAACCACCUUCUGGACGUUAUGAAAAUACAGGCUCACCUCCUCCACUCUCGCCUCCUUUACGACCUCAUCAUCUUCAUCAUCAUCCACAUCAUCAUUUUGAUCGUCAUAGAUCGCCACCACCUCCGCAUUUUAAUAAUGAUCAUAUUCAUUCACAUCCACCGCCACCGCCGCCUCCCUCGUUAUUACCAAUUCAUCCUUUAGGACAUUCACACAAUUGGGGGGAAGAGUCAUUACCACCCAUGAGAAAUUCUGGGUUAUAUCCUCAUCAGCGAGAUCAACGAUUGCGCAAUCAUAAAGGUUCCUUACAUUCUUCCGGCGAGUCGCUGGACAAGUCACAUCAUAGUGGAAAAGUUUAGUCUUUGUUGUUCUUUUUAUAUUUUCUAAAAUGUAAUUAUGUAUAUGGUAAUAAUUUUAAAGGGGGAAAUUCCAUGCAAAGCAUUUUCGUCAUGUCUUAAAAAAAAAAGAAUCCUUUUGUAUGUAUUAAUCAAUUCAGAAAUAGAAUGUGCCAAGUCUUCUUGUAAAAAAAAAAAAAAAAAACAGAAAAAAUCGACAACUAUCGACUUUUACUAAAAUGUAUUGUACUUUGUUAAUUGAUUUAUCUGUUAUUUUUGUUUUCUUUUUUAUCGUUCGUCUCGUUUAAUUUAAAAUGUACUUUUUUUCAUAAAAACAUUAUUUAAGAAAGAAAAGAAACAAUUUUUCACAUUUACCGACGAAAAUAAAAAUAUUUGUUACCAAAAUGUUAUUGAAAUGUAAAAUGAAACUUUUCAAAUACAAAAAAGAAAAUAAGGAAAUCAAAGUGAAGUGAAGCAUGUAAUUUUUUUUUCGUUAUUGUUGUUGUGGAUACAAAAUAUGUGAAUUGAAUAUACAAUUGUUAAUAUGAUUUUAAAAUAAAAGUAAAAUAAAUUGUAAUUUAUUAUUAAAAAAAAAAAA